GAGAAGAAGAAGUUAGCCAGUCGGCCACCUCGGUAUCUUGCCAGACAAUAUAACCGAACCAGUAAAUCUCUUUAGACGUUUUAAUGUAUGUUAGCCACUGUGUUUUGAACACACUUCUGUCAAUCUAGUUAAUUAUAUAAUUUCAUUGCAUAUUUACGUUGUUAUUGUUAUUAGUUAGCUAACGGUAGCUGGCUGGUUAAGUUAGCAUUAGCCUUGUUAGCUAACUGUUAGCUAUCAUCCCCCGACCAUGAGUUCACCAAGCUACUCUCCUCCUGAUGAAGAGGAGGAGGUCUGCUGGACGGAGAAAGAGGGUCUGUGGCUGAAUGUUGUCGUGAAAGAGGAGAAGGAAGAGGAGGAUAUCACAGUAACAAAAGUAGAGGAAGAGGCUUUUACAGUGAAAGAAGAGGAGGAUGAGGCUUUUACAGUGAAAGAAGAAGAGGAAGACUCGGUCAGAGUGAAAGAGGAAAAAGAUCCGGAGGAGACGAGAGGAGAGAGACGUGACUAUCGUGGAUCCUCUGGGGAGCCUCAACAACAUCAUGAUGCUGACGAGGCAGAGAAGAGUCUCUCCAGAUCAGAACUCCUCAAGAAACUCCCGCAGAGACCCACAGGGAAGAAUCCUCACUGCUGCUCUCACUGUGGGAAGCGUUGCAAAUCUUUAUCAGAACUUAAAAUACACCAGAGAACACACACUGGAGAGAAACCUUAUAGCUGUGAUCAAUGUGGGAGGAGUUUUACUAUAUCAAGCCAUCUGACUUCACACCAGAGAACACACACAGGAGAGAAACCUUAUAGCUGUGAUCAAUGUGGGAAGUGUUUUACUAUAUCAAGCCAUCUGACUUCACACCAGAGAACACACACAGGAGAGAAACCUUAUAGCUGUGAUCAAUGUGGGAUGAGUUUUGCUGCAUCAAGCAAUCUGACUUCACACCAGAGAACACACACAGGAAAGAAACCUUAUAGCUGUGAUCAAUGUGGGAUGAGUUUUGCUGCAUCAAGCAAUCUGACAAGACACCAGAGAAUACACACAGGAGAGAAACCUUAUAGCUGUGAUCAAUGUGGGAAGUGUUUUACUAUAUUAAACUCUCUGACUUCACACCAGAGAACACACACAGGAGAGAAACCUUAUAGCUGUGAUCAAUGUGGGAAGAGUUUUACUAUAUCAAGCUCUCUGACUUCACACCAGAGAAUACACACAGGAGAGAAACCUUAUAGCUGUGAUCAAUGCGGGAAGUGUUUUACUAUAUCAAGCUCUCUGACUUCACACCAGAGAACACACACAGGAGAGAAACCUUAUAGCUGUGAUCAAUGCGGGAAGUGUUUUACUAUAUCAAGCCAUCUGACAUCACACCAGAGAACACACACAGGAGAGAAACCUUAUCGCUGUAAUCAAUGUGACAAGAGAUACUCUGAUAAAAGAUCUCUGAUUAAACAUCAGAAAAUACAUGAAGGAGUUGUUUCAUGAUAUCAAUGAAAUAAU